CUAUCCUCGAUGCAAUAUAUACAGCCCUGACAUGGGUGUGCUCCGUGCGCAAUGAGGUCACUCAGACAAGAGUUUCACAAACGGUAUUGACACUAAACGACAUCGGCCAUUUAGGCCCAACUUGUUUAUGUAUGUUUCAACGGUUAAAUUGUGAAAGGAAAGAGUAUUUGGCGCAGGAAUCCGUUCGAUUAAUUAGUAUUUAAUCCAGAUGACAGAGUAUAAACUGGUGGUUGUUGGAGCUGGUGGUGUAGGUAAAAGUGCCUUAACCAUUCAGCUUAUCCAAAAUCAUUUUGUAGAAGAAUAUGACCCAACCAUAGAGGAUUCGUACAGAAAACAGGUUGUGAUAGAUGGUGAAACAUGCUUAUUAGAUAUAUUAGAUACAGCUGGUCAAGAAGAAUAUAGUGCUAUGAGAGAUCAGUAUAUGAGAACUGGUGAAGGCUUUUUAUGUGUAUUUGCUGUUAAUGUUGCCAAAUCUUUUGAAGAUAUCAACACAUAUAGGGAACAAAUUAAAAGAGUUAAAGAUGCUGAUGAGGUGCCCAUGGUUUUGGUAGGUAAUAAAGUAGAUCUACAAGCUCGACAUGUUGAUAGUAAACAAGCUAAACAAGUAGCAGAUAGUUAUGGUAUACCUUAUGUUGAAACCUCAGCUAAAACACGACAAGGGGUUGACGAUGCAUUUUAUACACUUGUUAGAGAAAUCAGGAAAUAUAAAGAAAAGAAGGGAAAAGAUAAGAAAAAAAGAAAGAGACUAUGCAAACUUUUUUGAUUAUUUUUUUCUUUUAUUAAAUGUAAUUCUAUUAUUGUGCUGUUUUUCAAUAUUUGUUUAAUAUUACUUGAAACUUUAUAUAUUUUUAAUAAAAAUUUCCAAUUUAUUUAUUCUUUUCUGUCAUAGUUAAAGGAAGAGAUCCGAGUUUGUGUUUUGCUUGAUAGGUCACCCUAAAUAAAUCUUAACAAUUCAUAUUACAGAUGCUGAUUGUCAUUUGCAUUUUUGGAAAAGUUCAAAUUUUUACAGCUUUACCUUUAAUUAAGAAAACAAAAUCAAAUUAUCUAUGGUAGCUAAUCUUCCGGCUUGGAUUCAGCCCGUUUAAGGUAUUGCGAAAAUUGUGGGUGGCAGUAAGUUUCUUUGACCAUUUACCAUUCAUAUCGUCUGCAACCUGACAAAUUUUCAGUUCAUCAUAUCUUUGUUAAUAUGUAUGGAUGUGAACAGUUCGGGCUGUCAUUCCUUUUAGAGAUUCAACUUUCACAGUAGUUUGCAACGAAUUUAAAAUGCCUCAAAUGACAAUCAGUAAAGAAAUAGACAAACUAUACUAUAAAAGAUACCAGAAAAUGAACCUAUAUUAAGUCAUCCUAACUGAUGCCAUAUAUUUAAUCUAUGACAAAAUUGAGGGAUUCUCUUCCUUUAAGAAGAUCUUAGAGUAAUUGAUAUCAAUAUUCUUUUUAAUUUGUUGGAAUAUAGUUUUACUAGAGAGAGUUAAUGAUGGAGAGGGAUAGAAUUUAUAUUCAAAUAUUAAGUUUAUUGCUUUUUUUCAAAUGCGAAAAUUCUAAAUAAGAGUUAUCAAGCUUCCAACUAAUGUUUUUAUUUAGAACAUUCAAAUUAGUUGAUGUAUUUUGUAGGAGAUUUUUUUUUUUUUUAAUUUGUGAAAUAAUUCUGUGAUAACAGUAUUUUUCUGAGUUGAAUUACUUCGCUUCUCAGAAAAUGUAGCAAAUUUUGUUAAUUGUAUUAUAAAUAUCCAAAGUUAACUAAAGAUAAACAUGUACAUAGAUAUAAAAGCAUGUAGAAUAUUUCUAUCUUUAUUCUUUACGAGUAACUAUUAAUAAUAAUGGCUAUUCUGAUAUAACAUUAAUUUUAAUUAAAGCGUCUUUUUUCAAAACAAAAUAAAAAGUGUAUAUUUUCCCCCCAUCCCUAAUGGUAAGAACACUAAUGUAAGAUUGAAUUGAAUAUUUCUGAUAUUAUAAAAAUAUCAUUUGAAUAAAUUAGGAUAGAUAAUGAUUAAAGUUGUAAAACAUAUGAAUAUCUCAGUAUGUAAAUACAACUAUGAACAUUAAUUUAUGUAAAAUCACAUCUUUUGAUACCUUGAAAUUAAUUACUUUAUCAAUCAUAGUCAUUAAUUGUUCAUAAUUUUUGUGUGUGAUACGGCCAUUUGAUAUUUUGUGUAUUUAGUUCUCUAACUUGAGUAUUGUUUAUAUAAAAUGGAGGACAUUUUCAUUGUCCAUUUGUAUCCCGAUUAUUAUUUGACAUCAGUACAAAUAUAUAUACCAAAUCCUCUUUUUUAUGGAAAAAAGGACAAUUAACAAAUAAGGCGUAUAUAAUAUAUAUAUAUAUAUAUAUAUAUAUAUAUAUCACUCAAAUAACAUUAACAUUGUAAAUAUUCAGUUCUUUAUUUGUGGGACAUUGAUUGUGAACAUUGUUUGAGCAUUUUAAACAGACUUUAUUAGAAUAUACAUGUACUGAUGAGGACUAGUCAUAUUACUAUAGAAACCAGACCUUCCAUACAAUUCACCACAAUACUCAAGUCUUAUAGACUUACAAUCGUAGGUAAUUGUUAAAUAUUACCAUCCAGGAAGAGUUAUCUCCCGUUUCACAUGAUUUCAAGUUGUACACAUUGACAUACGUUGCUAAACUUGUACAUGAUUGUACAUUGGUAAUCUCCAGCCGGUGGUUGCUACUGACCUUUGAUUUAUACAAUAUUGUAUCUCAUCAUCGUAGGAUAUUCUUGUAUAUAAAGCACUAUAAUUGAAUUGAAUUUGUUUCCAAGAUGUUUCAAAGAGAGAUAACUUAUUUAAUGGAAACUACUCGAACAAAUGGGAAAUUGUAUUGGGUGUUCUUGAAUUGAUAACCCUAACAUACUUCCCUCUUACUGACACGAUCCACAAUGUUAGGCCUAUCAGAAGCACAAAAAUAUUUGUUAUUGGAACAAACUUUCUGCCAGAAGAUCCGGACAAAAUACUAUUUCAGCAGAACGCAUUGUAAAGAUUCAUGUUGAGCUUUAAGGUUGAUAUCAAUCUGACUUAGAACAAAUUCUUUUUAACAUAUAACAGAUUAUAAAAAUAGACAGCAUACCUAUAUAAUACAGAUGUUAUUUAUUUUGAUUUAAGUCUAUCCAUUCGGGGAUAUUGCAUGUAAUCAUAUAUUUAAAAACCAACACAUACAGGAUCAUACUUGAUUAUUAUAAAAUAACAGGUACAUGUAUUAAUUGUAAAUAUAAUUGUUGUUAUACACUGUAUGAUACAUGCACCUGAUACACAACACCUCAUUAAUACAUAAGCAUUGAUUUUGUUGAUCUCAUUGUUAGUAAAUUUAUUUUAAUUAUACCACAGCUAAUAAUUGAUUAGUCCUCAUCAGUUGGGAUUCUCAAUGUUGAUUAUAAGUACCUGUGGUAUGCCAAAUUGACAUUCUUUAGUUUUCAUGUUUUUUGUCUGAUAUGGCACACCAGAGGUUCGGAACAAAUCUGAAAACAACGGAAAUUGUUUAUAUGUGUAAUAUUGUGUUUUAAGCAUCACCUUAGAAUAACAAAUUUUAGAUUUUAAUUCUAAUUAAAUGUUUGUAUACUAUAGGUAUGCCUUACGUGCUUUAACUCUUUAUAUUUAAAAAUGUCUCGCAAUGAAGGUAUGCCAGCUAAAAGCUGGUAGGAAUUGACUAUAUUACAGAUAUAUGUAAUAGUAUGAAUUGUUUUAUCUGUGAAUGUUAUAUAUAGAAUGUAAUAUAUCUUCAAGUCUAAUCUGCUGUCAGUAGUUUAAGUUGAUGGUUAUAAAAUUUUCAUUACAUGCUUCUGUUGCAAAGUUGGCUAUUUGUAUUUAAUGUGGUUAAAAUAUUAUAAAGAUAAUUUAUUAAUUAAUUAGAUUCAUUAAAAUAUAUAAACAAUAUUGACUCAAAAAAUAAGAUUUCUAUCCGAAGAAGCUGAUUUAUUCAAUUUACUCAAAUUUUUAAAAAAAUAUUUAGGGAAACAAUUAUUUUCAAAAGAUGUAAAUAUGCUGUUUUCUAUCAUGUUGGUUAUUUUGGUUAAGUUGUCCGUGGGUCAUUCCAACCUGAGCGGCAAUUGCUGAUUGUGUGACUAGCUAUGUAUGUAUUAGGUGUAUGACAUCUUUAGUAAUAUCACUUCUGGUAAUUACAUUCAAAAGGAAAAAGUUCAAUUUUACGAUUAAUGUGCACAUUCCAGUGUGCCAAUCCUACAAUAUAGUAAUAAUGAGAAAUUUUAAGUACCAUAGGCAUACAUUUUACAUGCUUCAUGUUUUAAUAGAUCAUUUAAUUGCAGAAAUUCUUUUAAAAUUUAAAUACAUUGUAAAACAUUUGUGGUCACCUCCACAAGUUAUUUUUUAAUAACUCCAAUCCCGCCUAUGUAAUAAUGUUUCAUGUAGGAUGUUUGGUUAGUUAUUAUCAGAUUAUAUUGGCAUAACCUAGAACAUGUAGAAUGUAUGUAUGCUGUAUCUACUGAAUUGUUCCUUAAACAUUUGGGGAGAUAUAUUUUGUAAUAUGGUAUAAUAAUCUUGAAUAGUUUAUUUUAAACAUGACUAUAUAUGGUACUUGUAUGUGUGUUUAUUAUAUAUCUAUAUAUACACAUAGUACAUAUUUUAAUGUGUAGAAGAAUAUACACAUUUUCUACAUAUAGAAAGUAGUUUGUAUUCUGAAAGCUAGAUUUUUAUAUUGUAUAUGUUUGAAGUAUAUUGUGUUUUCCAUCCAAUAACUGUUCUUGUAAUGCUCAAAUAAACAUUCCUCUUCAGUCCCACAGAUUUA